AUGGAGUCGACAACGCUCACUAGCGACCAUCACGCAAAGGAAUACCCUAAAGGGUGGAAGCUGAUGGUGCUCACCCUGGGAAUCUGUUUGACUAUCUUUCUGAUAUCCCUGGAUUUCUCUAUCAUUGCCACAGCCAUUCCAUCAAUCACCUCUGAAUUUCACACCCUGGCGGACGUUGGUUGGUAUGGAAGCGCCUAUCUUCUGACCACGGCGUCCUCGCAACUCCUCAUCGGAAAGUUCUACACAAUAUACAACAUCAAAUGGGUCUUUCUGACCGCACUGCUCAUAUUCGAAAUUGGGAGCGCCAUUUGUGGCGCAGCGCCCAACUCCGUCGCCCUUAUCCUAGGGCGCGCCAUUGCUGGCUGCGGAAAUGCUGGUCUUCUGUCUGGUGCUCUACUCAUUUUGACUCACAGUGUACCCCUUCAUAGGCGUCCCUUGUUUACUGCCAUGACCGGUGGUACAUAUGGCGUCGCUGCCAUAGCUGGACCUCCACUGGGCGGAGUUUUCACAGACAAACUUCGAUGGUGCUUUUAUAUUAAUCUCCCCAUUGGUGCUGUGACUUUCUUUGCCGUUGCACUCUUUUUCCGACCAACUAACCUACCAAAAACCGGAGAUGCUCAGACCGGCCUUGACCUUGUCAUGCGUUUCGACCCUCUCGGAACCUGUUUAUUUAUGCCGGCUGUGAUUUGCGUAUUGCUGGCAAUACAAUGGGGUGGUACCGCGUAUGACUGGAACAACGGCCGGAUUAUCGCCUUGUUUGUCGUGUUCGGCGUGCUGCUUCUCGCAUUCCUCUUCGUACAAUGGCGGGCACAGGGCAAUGCCACUGUCCCGCCUCAUAUCGUCCGGAAACGCACCGUCUGGUCCUGCGCCAUCUAUCAGUUUACUCUCGGCGCAGGGUUCUUUGUUUUCGUGUACUACGUUCCUAUAUGGUUCCAGGCCGUGCAAGGUGUUAGUGCCAUUGAAUCGGGAAAGCGAGCGCUGCCAAUGCUGGUCGGAAACAUUGUCGGUACGACGGUAUCGGGUGUGGUUGUCGCUGCUAUAGGUCAAUUUGCACCGUUCAUGAUUCUAGGUACCAUUCUGACUUCCGUGGGCGGCGGCCUGUUGACGCUCUUCAACCCUACCACCACUACCGCUCAGUGGAUUGGCUAUCAGGUUCUAGUGGGCGUGGGCAUUGGGGUAGGAUGGCAGCAACCCAUCGUGGCAGUGCAAACCGUAGUCAGCAUGGAAGACCUCCCCACCGCGACUGCCAUCUUGUCGUUUGCGCAAACCAUUGGUGGGUCACUCUUCGUCAGCGUGGCACAAACUGUGUUUACCAACAAAUUGGUAAGGGAGCUUGCGGCUAUAGUUCCUGAGCUAGACAGCUCUGCGGUGUUGCAAGACGGCGCAUCUGAUCUGGCCCGUCAUAUCCCCAAGCAAUAUCUUUUUGCCGUUGUGAAGGCGUAUAGUACUGGGUUAACAAACGCGUUUCUGGUUGGCACAGUGUUGGUGGUUUUGUCUGUGGUUGGCAGUGCCUUUGUGGAAUGGAAGAGCACCAAGGGCCAGAAAGUUGAAACCAGCAUUGUGGCUUAA